AUGUCCCGUCCUCAGGUCGGCAUCGAGCGCCUACCAACACGGCGGAUGAGCAACGAGCCCCGGGAAUCCAUGAAUUGCAAGUCAUGCCGCAAGCGCAAGGCGCUCUUGAAGAGAGUGGAUGGCUUGGAAGCAAAGCUGAAAGAGAAGAACGAGGGAGAGAAAACGCCAACGACGCCAACAACUGCUGGAAUCAAGGAGGAAGACGCUUCUCGCCCUGAAGUUGACACGGAGGACAGCCCAAACCCCAAGCGUCUAGCUCUGGACACUUCGAAGGUGGACGUUGAUGAGUCGGCCAUCUACUCGCCUGCACCCGCAAGGUUCCAUUCCAAGCCAUAUCACAUUCUCGACGAGUCGUCGGUUCGACAAAGGCUGCAGUUGAAUCAAUUACCAAACUACCUGGUCCAUGGCAUCUACGCGGUUGCUGCGAGAUACACUCCUCAUCCUAGCGGUUAUCAGUCAGCUGUUCAACUUAGCGAAGAGUUUGCUGCCAGGGCAAGAGCAGAGAUAGACACGGAUGAGCCUUCGGUCGAUGCCUUGCAAGCUUUGUUGUUGCUCGUGAUUGCCUUCACGGCGGCGGGCAAGGGAAAGAAGGCAUACAUGUUGAUGACAAAUGCAGUAGGGAUGGCAAUGGCCCUCGAAACUCACCGCGAAAUGGACAACCAUGCUCGAGUCACGCCUGUUGAAAGAGAAAUGAGGAGGAGGCUGUUUUGGACAUGCUAUUUGCUCGACCGGUUUCUGGCCUGUGGUUCAAAGCGCCCUUCUCUCAUCGGCGACAAGACCAUCCUCCUCCGACUCCCAUGCUGGUCACCGAAUCCCUCAGCACCACCAAUCGACGGCGAAUUCUUUCAGUCUGGGUCCAACCUCCAAUUUCUUCAGGGCAGUGGGAAAAAGUCGCAGGGAAGUACGGGUAUGCUUAUCGACAUUAGCCGCAUUCUCGGCAUCACGAACCGAUACCUUGCAGCCGGAGGUGUGAAGGGCGACUCUCACUUUCCUUGGCACUCACUCUCGAACCUAUCCAAGAUCCGUCAAGACCUGGACAUCUGGGCAUCCGGCACCGAAGACGUCUUCUCGAGUUUGGAUACGCUGUUUGGCCAGCCCGACUCGACGAUCCUCGUCCUGAGUAAACUGAUCUACCAUCUCAUUCACUGCCUCAUCUACCGACCGUUCCUUCCGAUCGACCUUGCCGAGCUUGCUGGAACCGGACAGCAUCAGUCAUGGCAGAUUGAAGCGACAAACAUGUGUUUCCUCCAUGCGAACGCCAUCUCCGAGCUCGUGGAACUCGGCAAACAAACCGGAACAAUCGAGUGGCCGGCUUUUGUUGGCUACUGCAUCUGCACUGCAGGCACAGUCCACAUUCACGGCGCACACUACAACAAGAACGGAAAUGGAGACUCGACUGUGUUCAGCAUGUCGGCCGACUUCUUGUCCCGCGAGAUGCAACAACUGAGCGAGCUGCGGUAUGCGUGGGCCAGCGUCCAGCACCAGAGAGAGACGCUCCAGGGCAUUUACAACGCCCAUUCCGAGCUUGUCAAGAGUCUAGGAAACAACCCUAUGCGAUACUCCCCUGCUUUCCACCUCGAGGAUUUCUUCGACAGAUACUCCAACAUUGGUGGACCUGGCGGCCAGACAUUCAACUUCGAUGCCGCGAACUUGAGCCUGUCUGACGUCGUUGUUGACUUCACCACGGACACUUACACGGGACAUGAUCUCUACGCACCUCGCGCGAACAGCAUGCACGAGAACGAGCGGCCGAAUCUCAAGCGCAAGAACACCGCGCCAUCUGGCCGCAAGCGUCCGGACCCGAAGGUCCUGUCGCCGCUCAGUACUACCAGCAUGGCCCCUCCGCAUGGGUUGCCGACGCCGUCUCACGCCCGCCACUCAUUCUCUCACCCCACCCCGACAGUGGCUGCCCACCCAUCCCCGGGCCUCUUGGCAACACCCACCUCGUUGCCACCUCACCCUGAGGCAAUCGAACAUGCGCCCAUACCAGUGCCUCAUGGGCAGUACGAUGAAGCAGCUGCAAAUAACGCGGCGGUAGCAGCGGCGGCCGCCGCGGGGUUCUCUCUUGGACCUCAACACCAUCAGCAGGGUAACAUUCCCACUCUAUCCUCGACUCCCUUCUCCCCUCAAUUCAGCUUCGCGACCCCUGGACCGAACAGCAACAACGAGGGAGGCGGUAGCUACGACCCCAUGUUUGGCGGUCUACCAACCAACGCUUUUGGCAGCCCUGCCGCAUGGCACGGCGACGACGGAGGAAACAAGGUGGCACCAGGGGUGGCCGCACCCAGCCCGGGCAACAAGAGCAACAACGGCAGCACUGGAACCGGUCCCGGCGAAGAAAAGGACCCCUUCCUGAGCCUUUUGGAGCAACUUGCCGAGAACGAGCACCAAUUCGCACGUCCGGGUAGCGAACUCGACUUCUUCUUCGGCGGCACCGGCGCGCCGCACUAA